AUGGCGCAUCUUCAUGGUUUAUCUCUUUGUUGGGAGCAAGGAUUUCGCCAGGUCUUGGUUUAUUCGGAUUCAGCUUUGGCUCUUGAUACCGUCAAGGGUUCAGUGGCGCGGUUCCAUAUCUAUGCUGCGUUGAUUUGGUCUAUCAAGUCUUUGCUUCAGCGGCCUUGGCAGGUUGUUUUGGAGCAUACUCUUCGCGAAGGGAAUGCUCCAGCUGAUUUUAUGGCGAAGCUUGGUGCUGACUUACAUGGUGUGCAGAUAGUGCAGUUCUUGGUGCCUCCUCCGGGCCUUGCUCCUCUUUUGCUGGCGGAUAGCCUUGGUGUUCCUCAUUUGAGGCCUUAG